AAUGUCCUAGCCUUCCGACUAUAUUUAGGUUGUUUGUUUUGAUGAAUAAGUCAUCAUCAUCCCACAUUCCACUACCAAUACAAAGCUUUUUAUUUUCUCAAACAUGUUCCUUUUUACAGAAGCCGGCUGCAAGAGAUGGAGUAUGCACUACGUUUGAGAAGGUCGUGGUGCAAAAUAUACUGCAUGGUCGGUCCAUAGUAUUAUGUGAGGCGAUACAGUCAAUCAGUAGGUGGAAAUUCGUUAAGGCUGCAUUUCCCCAUGUAUUACAUUGUGGUGCUGUAAUGCUUCGAGAAAAGUUACGUGACAAGUCUGUUGCAGAUCAACAACACCAGAAACAUGGAGCAGCAAAUAACAGUGAAUUGUCACAUGAUAGAACACAACUGAACUUCAGUCAAACAGAAACUAAACUUCUAUAUACACUUCACUGGAUUCUACUAGAUGCUGCUUCUGAGUGUGAAGAUGCAGAGAUAGAGGCUUCUAAUCAUCCAGCUUCUAAACUAAAAGGUUCAACAGAUUAUUAUGUUCACGACUUAGCAUCACUUCAGCUAUUUAUUUAUCUGUAUGCUCCAAUUAUUGAACAACUAAAGCCAACUGAUUUCGAUACACUAAAGCUCGAGGCCGGAUUACACCUGUGGAUUCCACUUAUGGAAUACUGUCAACCGAACCGUGGUACAUUAUCAUCACCUGUGAAAAUCUUUCUACAUGGUUCCAGCCUAUUUACUCGAUCGGCCGUCGUGAAUACCGAUGAAAGAGAUGGCAUAAAAACGGGAUCUAUCUUGAAUGAUAUCAAUAAAAGAAAAUCAUUUAGUGAGGGGACUGCAGGAGAAAUGUCUUCCAAUGUCUACAUUGGUAAUACAUCAGAUAAAAGCUCAGAAAUCGAUUAUAAAUCCCCGUCAGCUGUUAAACCAUUUGAAGUUUUGGUUGAUAGUGCUUCAAUUCCACAUGUCGAAGUUAAUUCAGAUGGAUCAGAGAGUAGUGGAUUAAAUAUUUCAAACUCCGGUCAAAAUACUCGCAAUUAUGCAGUUAACUCUACAGAACAGACCAAGAGCUUACAACCUCCGAAAGCUACACCUGAGUGUAUAGAUGAUGAAGAAGAGUUUAGCGAAAAACCUGUAUCACAGAACACAGCAACUGCUGAAGCAACACGAACAACGGAAACAUCAUCUCACUCAGGUGAACAGAAAUCUGAGCAAGAACACACAGCCGCAGGUUAUGACAGGAUUCAAAAAUUCCUAAACUCUUUUGAAGAUCCAUAUAAGCAAUUAUCUGAAAAGUUGAAGUAUUCGACAAUCGAUAAUGAAUAUAUUCAACCGGCUGUUGGAUCUAACUGUAUGCUGGCAACACACUGUGAUUUAGCUGUGAUACGGUGUUUAUAUUGUUCUGAAUGGUGUGAAUCUGGUAUCUACUGGUCACUUUGCUACUUAUUCAAUCGUCUGUUACAAAUUCGUUCAGAAUGGCUGAGAAUUAAGCCCAACAAUCGUAAAUUAUUCAAGCUUCGUAGAGGAAAUCUACCAUUUGAUCGGUUAUGUAAAUGGACCCCAGGAGUAUGGUCGUCAACGUCAUCGCACCAAGCAAGAAUAAAUCAAAUCACUGGUGAUAUGGUGAGGGAAAUACGAUGUUUGUCAUUACCAAAUCUAUCAUCAAAGUGCACAUUGAGUACUUCUCAGUACAAUACCAAUGAACAAUUGAAUAAAGAAUGUAAUAAUAAAACUGAUGAAGCCAGUCCACAGAAAUAUCUAACACCUCAUGAGCAGAUUUGUGAAGUUCAAUCCAACAGUACUAGCAGUGUUAUUCAACCCUCAAUUGGAAGUAGUGAAAGUACUCCUCCCUUUCCUAAGCAUCCUUCCAAACCAAGUCAUUUAGAUGAGUCAUUAAAUCAAAAAGGUAUAUCAAGUAUAGUAGGAUCAUCUGCAUCCAUCUUAAACAUGGAACGAUCUGACAUUAGUCUUAUGAAAUUGGAUUAUUUGAAAGAAAAGGAUCUCAAAGAUGAACAACAGCAGCUUAGUCCAAAUUUGUUACCCACAGAUAUUGGUCUUGGUGAUCCAUCAUUCACACUAGCCUUGCCGACUGUUAGUUUUGGAGGUCAACAACAACAAAUCCAGCAGCAUCAGCAACCUGCCUGGAGGGGUUCAAAACGAUCAAGAAUUGCUGACAUCAAGGAACGUUUUACUCGAGCGUCGAAGUUCAAGUCAGGCGAUGUAAAUAUGAAAUUUCAACCUUUAUCUGCAACAGACGGAUCAGAAUGUAACGAGUCACCUACCUCGACUACAGAAGGACAAAUAUUUCAUGCACAGAGCAAACGAUCUAUCCAAUCAGGGGGAGAAAAGUUACGAUUUUUGCCGAGUUCGAGUACAAGUGAAAAGCCAUUUCAAGGUUACGAAACAACAAACAAUGAAACUGAAGGCAAUAGACCCGAUCAAAAUGCUUCAGCUAAUUCACCAUCUAGUCAAAUAGGUCUAAAACUCGGUUUAACACCUUGCACACCGUCAAUAGCAGUAGCCAGUAAAACGCUUGAUAAUACCGGUAUCAACUCAGUUGAUGAUCACAUAUUCACUGCAGUACUUCCUCGCAGUUUAACGGAUUCAGAUAUAAUUUAUCAUAGCUCAGAAAAGAUAGAGGAAGUCCCCGGUGCUGCAUACUACAUCACACCUAAUGGUCAUUUGGAUUAUUCUGUCUUGCUCAGAAGUCUUUACUGGUGCAGUACUAUGCAUACGUCAAGCCGAGUGUGUUUCCAUUUGGUUAGGUGUUUGAGUGUUCUAUUUAGCUUGGGAAUUUUCGAUGUCAAAUCCAAUCUCUAUACCCUGAAAAAUGUCUCCUUUGAAAAGCCUGCCCAACUGAGACGGUUUCGAAAGAAAAACCAUUUUGAAAGACAUAAAUUCUCCAAAGCGUCAAAAACACCUAUUCUUAAUAAACUUGUGGUGAGAGAAAAUCGUAACAGCUCAAAUCCUAAUGGUCGAGGAGGAUAUGACAGUUCAGCAUCUCAUUCCAGUGGAAAAGUGAAACGACGGGAUUCAUCUGUAGGAUUCUUGUUCACAAAUCUAAGUUCAUCAAGGGCUUCUGUUGGAAUAUGCAGUGAGUCAUACGGAAGUGAGACUGGUGAAGAUGCAGACACAGAUGUAGGAGGAAGGAAACAGGUGUUUAGUAAAAAUGAUAACGAGUCGCUUAUAAGUGAGGAUGAUUUCAUGAUUCCAUCUAACUUGAAAACUAACAGUCCACUUGGAAGUCCGGAGUCAUCCUUAGACCUUGACAAAGAUUUAUUCUCAGCUCCACGUCGAGUUACAUCACAAGGAAAUAUUGAAUUUAAACUACGAAAUCAUGAUAGAUUUUCAGAUGAAAAGCUAAUAUCUAGAAGCACACGCAGAACAAAAUCUCGAGGUCAUUUCAGACAGUCAGCGUGUUGCGAUACAACUAACCAGCUUGUCCGUAUGAACUUUACAUUGGCAGCUGAAAUGUUGAUGAGAAUUAUUCGUGCAACAGGGUGUAGACACGGGCAUAGUAAUUCGCCGAAUUCCGCCAGUCAUCAUUUCCAUCAACAGCAACAGGUACAUCAAUUUGAAAAUUCAUCUGAACAGACUCAACAAAGUCAGCUGGAUCCAAGCGUACAAUUUCGAUUGCUCACACAUGAUUGUUUAAUUUACUUGCAUGACUUAAAUCCAUAUUUGUUUAAACGUGUCAUGACCAGAAUCGUGUCUUCUAGUACAGUUGCUGAUUUAGUUGAAAUGCUUCAUUCAUUCACUGGUUUUUGUUUAGAUCCAGUUACACGCCAGUAUGAGCGCUCAGAUCAUAACAGGAAGUCUUACUUAAACUAUGGAAAUAGUUUUGGACAGAGUGAAGCUGGUCAAGAUACACGUGGUGCUGAGGGUCUAGUAUUAUCCUACUUAUUUGGUCCAUUUGUUAGAAGAUUAGUUAGAUGUCGACGUGAAUUAAGCAGUCAAGAGAAUGUUUCACUGUUUUCUGACAUACGGCAACUAUUCACAUAUAUACGGGAAAUUCACGGAAGUACAUUUCGAAAAAAUAUGUUAGUUGCUUUACUUUGUCCAAUUCAAAGGAUAUGCGAAAUAUCUUUGCCAAAAAUUUCAACACCACUACCAAGAAUGUCAGCAAGAAAUUCAAUGUGGCUGUUGCCUCGACAGGAUAAGCGACGUUCAACGUUUAAUGUUUUCAUUGAUCCUCUGGCCGAAACAGAAAGUUUAUCGAGUGGUCACAAAGAAAGUGGAGGCCAUGGUAUGCUAUUAAGUCGACCAAUGGCAACAGGACGUAACACAAGGAUACUAAGUAAUGGAAGUUCGUCAGCAUUGCCAACCUCCUUUGAAAACGAUUAUUCUAACCGAUCUAAGGCUGAUGGUGUCACUUUAGACCAGCCUACAGUUGAACACCGUUGGAUUAAUUUAUCUGCUCUCAAGGAAAGUCUGUUUGAUUUUGCUUUUUUAUUGGAUUGUUGUGAGCCAGGUUCAAUACCGGAACCACAGCUUAUCGCAGCAUUAUUUGAUUUGGAUGCACCAGUUUUAGCAAGAGCUUGUUUGCUAAUUGAAUGUGCUUUCUUAGUUCAUCGUUGUAAUCAUGGAGAAUGGGCUGGAUGGAUGAAAUUCAAUUUGCCAAGUUCAUUUCGUUCAAGUGCUGGCUAUAUUAGUAGCAGUAAUAACAGCAAUUUAUUACAAGCGAAUGAUAUUAAUAGCAACAGUAACCAACCUAUGGAUAUAUCAGAAAUUAAACGUUUAGCUGGCUAUCUCUUUUAUGCAUGGGGUGAAGCUUUAGGACACAGACUGCAAUAUUUUACAGCUUUACUGUCUUCAUCUAAGGAGUCCAUUAUUAGUAAUUCUAACACAACUAAUGAAAAGACUUAUGGAGGUGAUAAAAGCAAGGAUUCAAAUCCUCGUCCCCAGUUCUCAAACGCUGAAAUUGAACAAAACUUUCUAGAUGAUGCUUCAGUUAAUCCAACUGGUGAAAGCUGUCCAUAUGCAUUGUUGACAAUUGGCGUUCAACUAUUAUUUGAAAUAACAACAUAUCUUAGAGAAACACACCAGCGUUUACCGCAAGACAAUUUGGAUUAUGAUGGAAAAUAUAGUCAUUCAUCGCAAAAUUCAUCAAGAAAUUCAAUGACCAAGCGUUCAUUAUCCCGAGAAACCAGUAGUAGUGAUAAAAAACCCGAUGCCUUCAAGCAUGGUUAUUUUACUGGGAGUGGUGGUACAUCUUUUAAAAGUGCCAAAAGACGUUUGAGUAUACUGAUGCCAAUAUUUGGUAGUACAGGUAACAACAGUCCAGAAGAUGAUUCAGAGAAACAAACAACUCCAACUACGAAACCUGUGAUUGCUACUCCUACUGAUCAGUCGAUUUCUGGUCGUCGAACUAUUUCUUCAAGACGCAUAAGCUUUGCAGUCUUGGGAGAUUCUAAAGAAUCAUCAGAGUCUACAGCUGCAAGUGCAAACCAUCUUGAUCAGUCAUUAGAAGCAAAUGAACCACAACAUCGCUUAUCCGUCAGUAAAAGUCUUCUUCGUCGUCAUCGAGGAUCUGGAAGUUUUAGAUGUUUCACUUCUCGUGGAUCCGACUUACUUAACGGAUUUGAUCAAAAUCCAAGUCAUCUAGGACAAAUGAAUCGUGCCAGCAGCGGUGAUGUCUGUACUGAAAUUUUUGAUGAUUCUACUGAUAACCCGGGGACUCCAGCUUCAGAGGAUGACGUUCAGGAAGAAGUUCAUCAUGAGACAGAACAUAACUCAAUACAGAUGAGUCAUAUAAGCAAACCACUAACGCAUGCGAAUCCUUUACGCUCAAGAUCAAGGCAAAGACACAAUUCUAGGCAUGAUGAAGCAAUUAAAUCCCAUGCAUCUGUUCGGCGCUCAGUAUCAGCUGCUCUUUCAGCCAAACGAUCAUUAAAAAACAACGCUAUUUACUCUGGAGAAGGUGAAACGUAUCAUACCGAUGACUACACAUCGCAUAUGCCAUGGAUUGAUGCUGUUAUAGAGUUUGCAAACUAUACAAACUUUAAUUGUGAUCAUCAGAACUCAUGUUCUUCAAACUGUUUCGAAUACCAACAGCAUCAGUGUCGAAAUUUAUUGAAUGCAAUAAAACAGGUAUAUGAAUCAGCUACUGAAAGUAAAUUCGUUAUAUCCGUUGAUCGUCAGUAUAUGAGUUCUCCAAGUAGUAGUACUAACGCGAAUGGAACCUCCGCUACUUCUACUAACACUACUGCUUUGUCGUCAGCAACAAUGGGAACAACAUCAUACCGUGGUUCAAACACAGUGUGUGAUACAGGCACAUCAUCCCCGUCAUCUUUUAACUUAAUACACCAAAAUAAGGUAAACUAUUCACGUUCAGAAAACUCCUCUGACCAAGAAGAUUCAUCACAUGCAGAGUCUACAGAUCUCUCUGAUUCAGAUAUUGCACAUCAAGAAAAAAUUAAUGCCAGAAAUUUAAAAAAUAAGAAUAAAACACUGAGAAGUUCAACAAAUAUUAUUCAGUCUAAUGACAGUUUAACCGGUCUAAGUAAAUCAGGUGAUAAUGAUGUUGAUGUGAACAAUUAUCUGUUGAUGCAACGUGGUACCCUAACAUCUGGACCUGGAAGUGACUUUUGGAAAAAUAAAUCAAAACUGUUCACUAAAGCUGCUAAGAGAAAAGAGUCAAAUUUGAUCGGACCAAGUUCAAGUCGUGAGAACAUGAAUCUACUCGAUAAAAUUCGGAUGAAAUCAUCUUAUCGUUCGAUUAAUCUGAGUUCUUUCGAAGGUGAUGCACCUGGUUUGACAGGUCUAAUCAAUCUAGGCAUGUUGGCUGGAGCAGGUGCAGGUCUUCUGAGAAAUUCUCGUCCAAGUAUUAGUUUAAAUCCACCACUACUUGGGAUUGAAGCAGAUGGAACAAGUGACAUUUUGCCAGGUUGUGAAGAUGAUGAUGAUGAUGCUAUCAGAGGACAGGUUAGACGACCUGUUCGAUUUCGCAAACCUCAUAUAGGAGAACUACCAAUACAGUGUUAUUUGGAUAAUCAUGUAAAGAAUCUGUGCAGUAGCACUUUCAAUCUUUUAAAUAAAGCAGCUUUGCUUCUUACUAAUAAUCAGCUAGCCAAGAUGCUUUUAUUGGCAUGGGAGUUGUUAUUGGAAACGGAAACAGAACUAUCAUCUAGUGCAGCUUGUUUCAUACUGUUCUGUGGUGUACGGUGUCCACAAAUUGUUCAAGAAAUGAUUUUGGAAGAAAUGAGGCACGAAAAGCCAACGCAACGAUUUAAUGCUAUUUUAAGAUUCAGAACACUAUGGUGUCAUCGUUUUCAUGUUUGGUCACGUCUCGAAGAAAAUGCAUCCAAUCAACUGAGAGUACCACCACCAUCUAUUGAAUUUGUCUUGCCUUCACCAACUUUGGGCUAUCCUGGGUUUGAAGCACCCGACCCUGUUUGGCAAAUCCGUAAAGGUACAUCGGCUGAAGAAGUACAACUGAAACAAAACGAAGCUACAAAAACGUUUGUCACAGCUUCGACAUCUAGGCGUAAGCAACAACAGGAGUUAUUAGCUCGUGCCAUAGCCACAGAAACAUUGAGAAGAAGAGAAGCAAGGCAGUCGUUUCACCUGACAACGUGUCCUGUUCUAGAACGAGCUGCUAUCGAACCUGCAUUUAAUAAAGAACAUAGAGAUGAAAGUAACAUUGAUGAUGGUCUGACGAAUUCUGGUACAGUGAACAGUGGAACAACUGCUGGACAGAUUGGAGGUUCCAGUUCAAUACAGGAUGAAUAUACUGCAGCUGUUCGAAGACUGAGUCUUGCACCAAUUAACCGCACUGUGCUAAAUCAAGCGCGUAAUUUAUCUUGGCGUCAGAGUUCAAUACCUUGGUUAAGAAACAGUGUUGUAGCACAUGACGAUGAGGAUCGUUGGUUAAGUGGAUUCCAUUCUUUAUUUCCAUCACAACCACUUCAACAAGCUCAAAUGGUAUUCCCAUCAGCUUUAUGCUCUGCAUCCGUUUCACUAAUUCAUCUUUUAGAUGAUACUGCAAUCAAUGAACAUGGAAUAGCCGUUAAUACAAUCGCUGAAUACGUGAUAUUCAAUUGUCUACUAGAAGAUACAACACUAUUUCUGAGAUUUAUAUUUGAACGUCUUACACGUAUUAAAAAUAAAGAUGAACUAAUGUUCAUUCUACGUAAAAUGAUUCAACGUUUACCAGAGUUGCCUACGCAAACUGCACAUGCUUUGUUCAACAAUUUAGUUGGCUACAUCAUGUUUCACAUACGUACACCAAAUUUUAAUGCACCUCAGUCUAUUGCUGGUGCACUUUCAGUUUUGCAUUUGGUAAUACCACAUGUGCAAAAUAUUUACUUUAAAGAUUUGAAACAAACAAUGAGGCGAGAACAGAUUGAUUCAACGCUAUUAUUGACAGCCAAUUUACCUUGUGCUAAACAAUUCAAUGUAUUUGAUAAUAGUAUUGGUGUCGCUCAGUUGGUUCGUCUGCAGGAUGAAAAUAAGGAUUAUCAGUUCGAUGAUAUUGUGAAAGAUGUAUUAUCAGCUAGUGAUAUACCUGAUGACGAAAGAAGCUCUUAUUACCUUUGCGAUGAACGUUCUCAUAUCAUUCGCAAUUCUUCACAUUAUAUUCGUGAUUUCUAUCCAUUCAAACGUAAUCACACACCCAAACUACGCUUGCGUCAAUUCGAUAAGAAACACGGCAUGUAUUUAUUGCAACAAAAUGCUCUCAAUUUGAAGUUCCAAGAAAUUGGUAAGGUGUUCUUCACCCUCUCAGUUCUUAAAUGUACGCCAACAGCACAGAUUCCUAACCAUGUUUUCUUUCUACACGAAGAACUAAACAAGCUGCCGUCAUUUCCGCGUAAAGCUCUUGAGUCAGAUUUCAGUCUUUAUGAAUGGCCAACAUACGGACGUCCACUGUUUGCAUUGGAUACAGUGCAUAAACUAUCUUGGUGUCAUUUACUGUCUAGUUUGUUUAUGAUGAUGCCUAAAACAUAUCCAUGGUCAUCAGACCUACAAAUAUUUUUAAAUGUAUAUAAUGGAACAUUGAUAUUGCACGCAGAAGACUCAUCCGUUUUACGCCAGUGUUUAGCAUUCUUUAUACAGUGUUGUUACCAAUUCAAAACAGUGUUUUCAACUACAGGCUAUACGGGUGUUGUACCAACAAUGAUACGUGUUUAUAAUCAGCAUACGCAUAAUUCAGUGCUUACACAGGCGAUUGAAUUUACAUUUAGACAGUUUUAUGUGAUGCACCGAACUCCUUUUAUAUUACAAUUAUUGGGAAGUAUUGCUAAUUACGUAACAAUCAACAGUGAGAUAAUUGGUGUAGGGGAUGAUUUUUAUCGGAUCCAGCCGGCUACCUUGUACAGACUGUUGAGAGUCAUAAGUCGUCCGUUAGAUGAUAAUCUCCGCAUUCUGGAAUUGUGCAAUAUUCAAAAACCGUUAGAAGCUUUAGAUUUCUGUUAUGACGAUGAAGAUGCGAACUGGUCUAUUCUAGAAGUGAUUAAUCUGUGUGUUGCAGUAAUCGUAUAUGCUCCAGAUUCCUAUAGAGCCAGACAAAUGCUCGUAAUUCUUCAAGCUUUACUUCCACUAAUUCUGAAAGAUUUACCGUACAUUUGUGCCGAAGAAGGCAGUGGUACCGAUCCUAAAAAGGCUGAGUUGACAGCGAUUCAGAAAAUUUCAGUUGCAAUACGUCAGUUAAUUUCAACAACAGAAUUUAUGACAAGACGAACAGAAGAUGCACGCCAGUUAAACUAUCUUGCACCAGGUGGACCAGCAGAAUGUCGUAAAGAAUCACCCGGUCGUUUACUAACUGGUGUAGCUAGUAGAUUAGGAAGUUAUGAAACUGCUAGGAAUAAUUUAACAAAAUCAUUGGAUAAAACAAAAGGCACUGAAGCAGCUCAGAAGAAGACAAAACGUGACUUAUGCAAUGAAAUCAAUAAUUUGCCUUUGAAUAAAGGUUUCCCCUUAUCCGUCGGUUCAAAUGUAUCACGUGACAGAGAAAACCAGUCAAGUCAGAUGUUGGCCAGUUCUGUUACUGCGACUAGUGGUCAUCAGAGUUCAACGGCUUACGAACCACGAGAAGCUGUUUUGCAGUUGGCCUGUGAAUUUUUAUCUACAUGUUCAGGUCGUCUUUUAGAAAUGGAGGAAAAACAUCGUGUCUCUGAUUUACUGGACACUAAAUCACAUAUGAGACUAGCUGAUAUAGCUCAAUCAAUGCUAAAACAUGUUUCCAAUAGUCCAGAUUUCCUGGCCAGUACAGCUUUACAACGUUAUUUUUUGGAUGUACUUCCUGUCAUAGACUGGAGCCACGAGUCAUUAAGAUCUUGCAAAGCAUUGGAAUGCCUUUUGGGAAGAUUAAAUAGAACCUUACCUAAAAUGCUAGAGUUCGCUAUUAAAUCAAAGGCGAUUCACCAUUGGGAUGAAAUUGUUAAGCUUAUCCGAUCAGUUUAUUGCGUAUUGAAAAAGAACCGAUCAGUGGCACAUAUGAAAGAAAUUCGCAUUUUAAUUGAAACCCUGAAAAAAGCAAUUGUUUUUGAUAUAUCUGGAUGUGCAUCUAACUUUCCUAGGUCACGCUUAGACAUUCAGCCUAAUCAUACCGUAGGUCAUCACAGUAGACCAAGUUUUGGCGAGGUGUUAUUCGGAAUUACAUCACAAGAAUCCAGUAGUAUAAGUGCUUCAGUUGGAGUUGUAAAACCUGCUGGGAAAUCCAAACAACAUCCUCCUGUGAAUGGUGAAGCAGGAUCACAUUGUUCACCAAGACAUAGUAAUCAAGAAAAUGUCUACGAAACAACAUUUGAUGAUAGUGAUAUAUACGCAUGCCAGUUUGCAGCUGAAGUGAUUCGUCUUUUAUCCCUGUUCUCACAAAUCUUAGGCUCUCACUGCAGUUUAAAAGAUUUAUGUGAAAGAAUCUCACCAGACUAUAAUAUUCGUUUCCCGACUUUACUAGAAGGCGGAUUUCAGACGCUUGUCAUUUAUUUGAAUAAUCUAAUAUUACCAUUAUUAUUCAGAGGCUGUGCUGGACGUAAAGAUUCACCAACUUUAUCAAGAGACAAUGUCUUCUAUGCGCUGGACGUAUGCAUAACAGCCUUGUUUGCAAAUGACAAUGUAUCUAAUGUUGUUGGACAGAAGACGGCACGUAACUUGACUGCUAUGAGUAAUUCAACGCAACAACAACAGCAACAAGCAUGCGAAUCUAGUCCAUCUGGUCCGUUAUCAAGUAAACCAAGGGAUAAAACUAAUAAAAGUCAAGCUGAUACCACAGGUUUUGAACUGCGCAUUAAUCCAAGUAUUUCAUUUAAUCGUCCAGCAGCUGGAUCGAUAGCUCAAGAGAACACUUCGAGCCUUAAUACUAGUAAUUAUAAUAGCACUUUGAUAAAACUGAUUAAUCUGUCCAACCUGUCAACAGAUUAUGAUGGUGGUUCAUAUGCAAGUUUAACACGUUUACUAAGUCCAUCGCUAGUUGCAAUUCUACCUGAAGACUAUGGCCCGUCAGUUGCUCCAGCACAAAUUACUGUACCAAACAAAUGCCAGGGAAAACAGGAAAGUUUUCAAUUGAAAUCACGUCCUUCAGUUAUAUCACCGUUAAAUAAAACAAAUAUUUUGACUCAGAAAAAUCGCCCACAAGUUUAUCAUUCCAAACUUUUAGAUCCUACUUCAGUUUGUCUUGGAUUUCCUACAGAAAAAGUCAGUAAUUUCAAGGCUGAGUUUUCACACAGAUUAGGAUUUUUGGGUCUGAAGUUAAUUCUUGUUGCAUAUACACGUCAUGCAGCUGUUAGAAUGAAGUUAUUGAUUGCUGCAUUAACCCAGCUAGCCUUGAACGGUCAAAACGGUAUUCAGUUGUGGAAAUUUUUUGAUUUCCUUGUGACAUACAGACCACCAUUAUUUGUUCACCUACUACCGUUUAUACGAUUUAAAAUGGCGCUGCUCCAAUGUGCAACUCAAGGAGAACAAGCAUAUCAGCAGAUUGUUAACCAAAAAUUAAUUGGGUUACAUUUGCCUAUUCCACAAACUAUCGCUUCUGUUUUAAGAAAUCUCUCAAAUGAACUUCAAAUGAUCAAUUCCGAUAUCAAGGUUUUCAGUAAAAGAUCUUAUCGUGAAAUAACUCCCCCGAGAACAUCAAGUUUGCACGAUUCACUGCGUCGCUUACGCUCAUCAGAUAAUACCACUUCUGUUUCUGGUCGUAGUAAUAAACAUGCCAAACUAACUAAAAUGGUUUCGAAGGACGCUAGUGAACACACGCAUAAAUCUUCACAUAAAAUGCCUUCCAAAGACCAUGCAAACCAAAGACCAAGAUUGCAUGUUUUAGCUUCAGUUACAUCGGAUUCUACGUGCAGCAUAGAUUAUCGUGAAGAAAAUAUUAUUGGGAUCUCAAAUUUGGACAAACAGUUGCGCGGAAGAAAAAGCAUUAACCAAGAAUUCAAACAAACUGUUGUAAUACAAAACCCACGGAAACGUAUUCACGCUCAUGAGGGUAGCUGUCUCUUAAUGAGAACCCGAGACUACAGCCAAACAGAUCCUAUCUUAACUGCUUCAGCAGAAAGUUUAGUAAGGAGAAGUCAGAAGGCUGGACACAGAAGGACUAGAACACAGUGAGUUUUCACCGAAGGGUUUUAAAAGAAUAUUUAAAACUAUAAUACUUUUAUAGGAAUUUUGGCUUAUGAGAAGUAUUGACUGUACCAACACUUAUGUGUAAAAUGCCUGUAAAAAUGUUUCAGUACCACAGUUACCCUAAUUUUUCGUCUGGAGGUCAGUCAUACUUUAUGCAAUGGAGUUACAUCUCUUAUACAACACGAUCUCAAAUUCCUUUAGUGAAGUGUGCAGAUUCAGUGGUCUUCAUUCCUUGAUCAACGAAACAAUUUUUGUUUCACACGCAUUCUUGACAGUCUCCUAUAACUCUAUUUCCUUUCCUAUAAGCAAUAUAUCCAUUCGUAUAUACUUAUUUACUUAUGUUAACACAAACAGUUUACUACGUAGAUGAUCAGAAAUGCAAUACACAAUGAUAUAAAGCGGAGAAUAAGUAAAAACUAAUUACAAACUAUAAAUAAACAGAUAAGCUUUAUUACAAAGUAUAUUCAAACGAGUGUUCGUCACUUCCUAUUUCUUCCUGUACUAGGAAAACAGAACUAGGGAAGGAUAGCCAUUCAUUAUGGUCCUGAGGCGUAUUUGAAUAUACUUUAAGCCAAUGACUUACCUGGUAUGUUUGAUCCACACCAAGAAGCUGAAACUUAAUAACACAUGAUUAACCUUGAGUGUGCAUUUCAAGUAGCCUAACAGGAUAGUCCGGGGUUCGACUCCCGGCCGGCGCAGAUCUUUACCCCCCCCUCUUGUCCCCAGCAAGCCCAACAAAGAGGGGGAUUAGGCAUAGGGCACGAGGUUAGCGACCCCAUCCCCUUAAAAACACCACUAGUAGUGAAACUUCACAGCUCAAGCUUGAAGCCUUAAGUUCAACUGGAAAUACGCAAAGGAAUAAAAAAAGAUAAACAGAAUGUGAUGCACCUAUUUGUGCACUGCAGCAGAAGACACUGGAGUAUACAGGUUAUUGUUGAAAUGUUUGUUUUGUAUUAACAGAAUACUCUAAAUUUUACUUCCCCACUAUUCAAGACAUUUCGUCUUGUCAAUAAAUAGAUUAUUUACAAUGGUUCGUUAAGAAACUGAGGUAGAUUAGCAGCCGAAUAAGUGGAUUCCAACCAGUUCUGAGCAAGAUAUCUUCAGCUUUACUACAGCAUCCAAAUGUUGAUGAAACCUUGGUUUUACUUCUAUCAUAUUCUGUUAAGUUAUUAAAUGGACAAAUGAAUUGGGAAAAAAAUUAUCGCCUAACAUAUGUGUCAGUCGUAGUUGUUGCACUUCAUAUCGGUACAACGAUAUAAAAUCAGGCAGGGAAAUGUUAAUUACUAUUAUGAGUUGUAAGGAGAGAAAUGUGAAGAAAAUCAUCCCAUAAAAUGGUUUUUAAAGAAUGCAUAGGAAACUAAAAUAAUAAAAAUCCAAGAAGUGGACAUUCGUACCGCUGAGACUUGUUUUGAACAAAAUUAAGUGAUUUUUUUAAUAUUCAGGACUACGAAAUUCGGUGAAUUGUUUCAUCCACCUUCCACUCUAACUACUGUAAAUUAAGGAUACAAAUGGUCAGAUGAACUCCAAGAUACACAUCUGUUACGUCGAAUCUCUAACUUAUAGUGUUGCUUUUUCGUAACAGAUCAGGAUGAAUAUGAUCAUGUGAAGAUAGUAAAUAAGCAUCUGCAAUAGCCGCGGUAAAAGUAAGGGUUUGAAUGAUGCUUAAUGAAGAGAUUUGUUUGUCCUUUGCAUAUCAAGAGAUUUUUCUGUUCAACACAUUCAUCUUACCUUUUCUAUAAACUUCCCACACAAAGCGAAUCAGUACCUACUUCGUACUAUUGUGUUUUCCUAAAAUAUAUAUUUCUAAGCCUAACACUUUCUCCACUUCUUUGCGUAACUUAAGUCCUAGUGAGAUGAAGUUGGCCGGAAAUGCUCACGCAUUUUAUAAAAGUCUUCGUACCGAUGCUCUGAAGGCAAGACUAUCAAAUGAUUCGAAUGCAGAUAAUCAAAGUGAAAAUUCUUUAGUGAGCGAAGGCUCAAUAACACCUGUUGGACCUGCAGCUGCUGCUGCAAUCGCCUCAUCUCUUUAUGGUUCUGGUAAGUUCAUUUCCAUCAGUUAACACGAAAUAUUACUAUAUGCAAAACUUACUUCCUCAUAAAAAUUAGUGCAUUCAGGAGCACCACCUCUGAUUUCCAAGUGGAAAAUAUCAAUUCAAACAGUCAAAAAAUAUGAAACACUUGCAAGGAAAACGGUGAUAGUUAAAAAAAUUGUUUCAGAGAAUAGUAAUAUUUUUAUAAGCACUUAAAUAUCUCGACGGACUACCUUUCUCAGCAAUAGUAUACAUAUGCUACUUUGUAGUAGACCUUUAGGUUUAUCAACUAGACUAGUUUAUUUUCUGUUUUAACAGUUCACUGUAAAUGAUGGCGGACUAACAGUUAUAAUCCAUUUAUCCACAUGAAAGCCACGUAAGACCACAGUGACUGCGAUGAAAUUAAGGAAUUAUGAACAGUUCGGUUUCACAGUUCAUUUGUGACAAUAUUGGACCAGCAACCCACAUUCCCGUAGUUUGAGUGCUGUUGCAACUGUGUUUUUGAAUCCUUUUACAACAAUGUCACCCCAAGAAAACGUCGGAGAAUGUAGUAAACACUUGAAGGUUGAACAAUAGUUUUCUCUUCACUUUACAUUUUUGGAAAGUAAUUUUACCAAAAUUAUCCUGAAGAUUUAAAGAAUCAUGUUGCCCAUUCCAAUAAUGAUGAGGCCUUUUUAGUUUUGAUUUCAUGUGAGGUCUCACGGACACAAUAGUUUUACACAGUGGCACGUAAUGAUAUAUGAUAAAAGUUUGUAACAAACAGCUUUGGACUUCAGACUAACUUAUCUCUCUUGAUAUAUGUUGAUUUUACUAUAUUAGAAUUAGUGUAAUGCAGCUAUCAGUUAGAAUAUUGACAGUUUACAAAAAAUAGUAGAUAUAAUUCAAAAGUCUCUUUUCAAUACGGUUUAUGUAGAAGUACAAUAAUGGAUCUGAAACAUGAUUGUAAUCCAUAGCCUUGAUCUAUAAAAUAACGGUCCAUCAGAAAUAAACACGUAAUCAGUUUUAGACUUACUAGGUCAAAAUAAGUGAGACACAGUACUUCCUGAUUUGUCUAACGUAUUUUAAUCUUUCUUUUAGGUGCUCCUUACCUACAUGCGCGUGUACGAGCACGUCAGGAAUUAGCUUCACUAAUAAGAGUGCCAGCACCCAAGUUGCAAACCAAUGAAAGGCUUUCUGAGAUCGACUCUGCGAUUGUACCAGAAGUGAGUGCUGAUGACAACGAGCAUAAAUCACCAACUAGUCAGAAAUCUGAAUUCCAAUCAAGUCAAACUAGAACUGGGCAAAAAGUUACAGGGACUAUUAUGUUAAAGCCCAACGAUUUUGAAGAAAAGUCUUCAGAUGAGAAAAACUCUUUCCUUAAAAUCACAAAAACAACAGCGUCAGUGUUUGUGGUACCAGUAACCAUAACAAGCAUAAAUACAGGCAAGAGAACAUUAACCACACAAACGUCACAAGCAGCUGGUGAUACAACUUCAAAUAUUCCAGAAAAAUCUAAAAUUAAUUAUGUUUGAUUUGCACGUAUUUUGUUUUGGAAAAGCCACAUUUUCAAAUUACACACUUAUGAUUCACAAAUUCAACGUACUGCUUUUUCAUGUAAACAAGAAUCACUGAAACUAACUGUAUUUUCUUCGACGUCAAAAUAUUUCUGGAUAUUUUUAACUCUCGCUUUCUUUUUGAACUUAUCUUGUUAGCGUUUCCAUAAAGUAACACUUUACAUAUUAACUCCCUGUAUGUGUCUGUGAUUAGAAUAGAGAAGAGAAAAAUGAAGUCUUAGUUGUGAUUUUGUCUUUUACUGGAACUGAUUCAAUCAAGGACAUACCUUACGUUAAAGUUCAUAAGCCUUCUGUGUUCGAUAUACAAGGUAUGCCGAUUAGACAUAGGCGAACAACCGGCAGCUGGAAUAGGUUGAUAAUGUGAA